AUGUCCCAACGGGACUGCAGCUUUGCCUUGCAUCCUUCAACAGGGCAUCCGUCCACAACAAGGCAAGCCUUACUUCAUGACCGGUCCGUACCACAAAGCCCAGCAGAUGACAACGGCAGCCAUAGCGGUAGCAGUAAUUCAACCCUACCAAAUGCUCGAUCCACGCCCCUGACCACAGCCUCCCUGUCCGACACCGGGACUCCGUCCGCACAGGCAGAUAUUGUCAACAACCGAAGCCACCUAGAAAGAGACGCAACCCUCGGCGACGAUGGCGUUGUCAAUAUUAACCAUAUGGAACUCCUAAUCCACAUAUCCGCUGAUCGGGAUCUGUUCAACCUCGGCCAUGUUGAUCUCCAAGGCGACACUGAUGCAGACAGCUAUCCCUCUUACGUAGCCCACGCGCUCAAGUUGGGCCUGGAAUCGCCCUAUCUGCUACAUCAAAUGCUCGCCUUCUCCGCGCGACACCUUGCGUUCCUUCACCCCGAACGCGCUUCAACCUAUCACCAUCUAGCCGUCACGCUGCAGACGCGCGCCGUAUCUCUCUUCAACCAAACCUCUUGGACCGAGACCGGAGAGGUCAAGGUCGACCGAUCGAACUGCGUUGCCGUCCUGCUCUUCUCCGUGGUCCUGGGUCACCAUCUAUUCGCCGACACGUUUGCUAGACGCGAUGAUACCGGCAGCCGGGCGCUGGACACAUUCUUGACGCACUGCCUACAAUGCAUCAAGGUCCAUCGCGGCAUCCACACCGUCGCCGUCUCCGCCUGGCCGCUGCUCAUGGAAUCCGAGCUUGAGCCCAUCCUGUCCUGGAGCUCGGGCUUCAAUCAACGCACGCCGCAAGGCCACCAUUGCAAAGCCGUCACGGAACUCCUAGACACCGCCUAUGGUAUGACCCACGAGGAAAAGGAAGCCUGUCAGCAAGCACACACCUACCUCCAAAUCGGCUUUGACGCCGUCUUAGCCGACGCCGACAACUCCCCAACCCCCCUUUCCCAACAAGACCAGCAAGGACAUGCCCAACACCAAAAAGGCAACAGAUACCAAAUGAUAAUCUCCUGGAUCAUGCUCGCCUCACCCGAAUUCACGCGCCUGUUGGCCGCCAAACGCCCAGAGGCCCUGGUGUUGCUGGCCUACUACGCGCUGCUACUGCAUCACGGUCGCACCAUGUGGCAGGUCGGCGACGCGGGCGCGUACAUGUUGCGGAUCAUUGCCGAUUUCCUGGGGCCCGAGUGGGAGCGGUGGUUGAGCUAUCCGCGGGAGAUGGUGUUCGGUGGUGGUGAAUGA